ACUGAGCUCAUCUAAGACUUUGGUUAUCAAUUAGAGUUUUGUUAUUACUGGUUCUUAUUGAUUACACCUUUGCUAAUGACGUACACUUCUCCAGCCGUUGUCAUAGACAAUGGUUCAUAUACUACCAAGGCAGGGUUUGCCCUGGAUGAUUUACCUUCACUUGUUUUCAAUACCAAUUAUUCCAGUACAUCCGAUGGGAAAAUAAACAUCGGUGACGAUACAAUUGAAACCAAUCCUGAAGGGGAAGUAAUGACUGUUUUCGAUAAUGGAUUAAUAUAUAAUUUUGACCAUAUCGUUGAUAAUUGGAAUUAUGUUUAUGAUAAUAUUGACCAAGGUAAUAAAGUUGAUUCAAAAGAUUAUCCAUUGCUUUUAACAGAACCAACUUGGAACACUAGUAAGAAUAAACUUGCCACUACUCAAAUAGCUUUUGAAACUUUAGAAGUGCCAAUAUUUGCUCUAGUUAAAACUCCUUUAGCCCAAUUAUAUCAUAUGAAUAGAUCAAGUGGGCUUGUUAUUGAUGUUGGUUCAUCCAUAGCUAGUGUGACUCCAAUUGUUGAUGGGAUAAUUCAAUCAAAAGCCUGUUUCCAUAAUAAGUAUGCCGGAGAUUUUGUUAACUUACAUUCGUUAAAUUAUUUCAAUAAAAAAUUAGGAGAUGAUUACUUCAAUCAAUUAUUACCAAAGAAAUUUCAAGAUUCUAAAUUGCAAUUAUCAGAAUCUUUCAAAAAUUAUUAUAUAAGUCAUAAUGUUUUACAUGAUUUUAAAAGUUCAAUAUUAUCAAUUAAAUCAAUGACCCUUCCUCCUCAAGUCUAUAGUGAACCAGUUAAUUAUCAAUUAGAUAAUGACUCUUAUGUUACAGUUAAUCAAGAUGAAAAACAUCGUUUAUUGGAACCAAUUUUCGAACCCCACGCUUAUCAAUUACCAAAUAUUUCAAUACCUCAACCAACUAUUGACAAACCUCAAACUCAAGGUUUGUCCCAAUUAAUUAUAUUUACUUUGAAAAGUUUGGAACACCAAAUCACUUCUUCCUUUAGUAAUGAACACGCAGGUACCACAAUCCCACUGCAUUCAGCUCAUGCUAAAUUUAAUGAAACAUUAAGAGAUCUUUUAUCGAAUAUUGUUAUCACUGGUGGUGGAUCAUUAGCGAAUGGAUUAACUGAAAGAGUUAUUGAAGAUUUGAAAAGAAGCUCUCAUAUGUAUUUCAACAAUUAUCCAGCUAUCCAAAGUUAUAAAUUAUAUUCCACCGCUUUGAAAAAUCAUCCUCUUGGAGAUAUUAAUAAUAUUUGGGAUAAACAAUUUGGAAGUUGGUUAGGUGCAAGUAAUUUAGCAAGUAUGCUUAGUGAACUGAAUAUUGAUGAAGGUGAAAAUAGUGGGACAAAUAUUGCUUUAGACAAUUGGUUUAUAACUAAAAGUGAUUAUGAAGAAUUAGGUGAAGAUUUGGUUUUAGAAAAAUUUAAGUAA